AUUGUUGUAAACAAAUGGAUAGGUCUCAACGUUUGAAAAGAUAUUUCUCUCAUUUCGCAAAAUUAUUCAAACGUUAAAGCGCAGAGAAUGAAGUGAAAGUUUGAUAUUCCCAUGACAUAUUUGAGAUGGGGAAGCCAGGUAACGGUAUAUCCACUCUGCGAAAAAGGAGGAAAACAAGAGGUGACCAUGACAGUUCUGCUCCACCAGUAAAAAGAAUUGUUUCCACUAUUGUUGAAGAAGAAGAAAUCAGUGAGCUCCCAUUAGCUGAUGGCCCAAGGACAUUCUCCAUGUUACAGAGAGCUAUUUCUUCUAAGAAAACACUUUUUACAGGUCUGUUGCUGUUCAGGAUAUUUAAUGCAACCCUGGUGCAGACGUACUUUGUUCCUGACGAAUAUUAUCAGUCAGUGGAGGUGGCACACAACAUGGUCUUUGGUUAUGGUCUCUUGACUUGGGAAUGGAAGGAAGGCCUCCGAGGCUACACUUACCCACUCAUCUUUGCUGCUUUGUAUAAAGUUUUGGCGCUCUUUCAUUUGGACCAUAGGUCGCUGUUAAUAAAGCUCCCCAGGUUACUACAAGCUGUAUUUGCUGCCAUUGGUGACUACCAUCUGUUCAAACUUUCCAAUCAUCUGUGUGAUAAAGCCACAGCACAGUGGGCUCUGCUGUCACAACUCUUGUCCUGGUUCACAUUUUACUGCUGUACUCGUACCCUGACCAACUCUGCCGAGGCUGUACUGACCACGGUGGCGUUGUCCCACUACCCAUGGCCCGGGCGAAUAAGUCCACCAUUAUGGAAGUUUGUGAGCUUGGUGGUAGCAGCAGUGAUCAUCCGCCCAACUGCUGCCAUCAUGUGGGUGCCCAUGGUUGCCUGGCAUCUGUGGAGGAAACAACAAUCUCUAGUUGAUGUUUUGAAAACCUACAUAUUAGUGGGGGUCUGUGGUCUAGGCUUGUCUCUUUUGAUAGAUGGCAACUUCUACGGCAAGUGGACUAUGGUGCAAUACAAUUUUCUCCAGUUUAAUGUCAUUAACAAUAUGGGGUCUUUCUAUGGCUCUCAUCCCUUUCAUUGGUACUUCACUCAAGGGUUUCCUGCCAUUAUUGGACCACAUAUUGUACCUUUUGUGAUAGGGGUAUGGAAGGCCAGAGAUAAACGACUGUUUUAUUUGUUACUCUGGACAUUAAUUAUUUAUAGUUUCCUUUCCCACAAGGAGUUCCGGUUCAUCUAUCCAGUAUUACCCCUUGCUAUGCACUAUUGUGGAAUAUGCCUGCACCAGCUCUGCCUGCCAGUGGUGCUUAAAUCUCGAAAAGAAAAGAAAAAGAAGGUGAAAGCGCAGGCAAAUAAAGAAGCUGCAGAAAAAGCAAAAAUGGAUCCCAAUUCUUUUCUUGCCAAAGACGUAUCUGAUUUAUCAAUAGGGGAGAAUGAGGGUGGGACUGCUGCAGUAAUGGAAGACACUAGUACUGGAUAUAGCAGUACAGGAUAUAGUAGUAGGGAUGAUAGUGAUAUUGGAAUGGGAAGCAAACUGAGGAAGGAAGAGGAGGAGAGAGCAGAAAAAUCUAACAAAGAGGAAUCUGUGGGAAAAACCAGACCAGAAACUUCUGGAGAUGAAGUAAAAUCCUUAGAUGAUAAACAUAUAUGCAAAGAUUCUGAAAAGAAUGGUGCAAAUUCUGUAGAGCCAUACUCAGAGGAGGAACCAGCAAAGCUUGGUAGUUGUACUCACAAAAAAGGCCCCACCAGAGCUUACAUUGCUAAGGCAAUCACUUUAUUCCUGUUGGUCUUUAAUCUGCCUAUAGCCCUGUACACUGGCCUGAUACACCAGAAAGGAACCGUGGAUGUUAUGAAAUUUGUGUAUGAUUCCUCCAGAAAAGUGGACCACCUGGAUGCCCUAUUCUUGAUGCCCUGUCAUUCCACACCAUUCUACAGCUACAUACAUGUAAAUGUGACCUUGAAUUUUCUCACCUGUGAGCCCAACCUGCAAAACAUUCCCAACUACCUUGAUGAAGCCGAUAUAUUUUAUCAGAACCCGAAGGAGUGGUGGAAAACAGAAUAUCUUGACAAAAACUCCUCUUUACCCACCCAUGUUGUGAUGUUCAGCGAGUUGCACCAGAAACUGGACGUGUUCUUAACAAGGCAGCAUUACAGAGACUGUGGGCGAUUUUUUCACACACAUUUUCCAGAAGGGAGAGUUUCGAGUCAUGUGAAUGUGAAGUGUAGGAAAUACUAAUAUUUUUUCCCAAGUACAAUGUCAGUUCUAUUAUUUUGGACACUUGAUUUACAAGUUUUGAAAUAUUUUAAUUGUUGGUAAUCUAGUCAUUUCUAUUUAUUUAUUUUUUCGUUAUGGUAUUUUUUUACACAAGUGAAUUUUUAUCUCCUUUCAUCAUGAAUUGCUUUAACAAUACUUCUUGGAUUUUUUUUAGUAUAGGUCUUUGUGUAAUAUUUUGUAGUUUUUAAUCAGGGUAAAAUUACAAGAGUUGUGGAUUCUUAGCUUGGAUUGGAUAAUGUUUUUUUGAACUUUGCAAAACCUGCAGUAAAAUUUCACAUGAAUGCAAUCUGGAUUUCCCCAAUUUAACACCAUGCAGAUUCUCAACAUAUACAGUUUCCAACGUUUUUUUUUUCUUUUGGUUUUUUUAACACAUUAUCUCAAGUUUUAUGUGCGUCUCAGAUGGCCUGCUUUAAAGAUUUAGAUAAUUUUGUCACCAACAGUACAAAAAGCUUAAUUAAAAACAAAAAAGAACAAAUAUUGCCGUAGAAGCAGUUUAUUGCCAUUUAGCUUUUUUUUCCUGGAGGAUCCUGCACAAUUCAUCAGAUCAACCCACUUCAAAACAGUUAAUUCCUAAAUACAUAUAAUUUGUAACAGGUGGACCACUGUAUGCAUAAAUCUACUGGUGGGACUAGUUUUUACAUCUUGGUAACUAGCACAGUUUUUUUUUCUCAACAAAUGAUCAUUUUCUGAACACACUUUGAUGAUAAAAAGCAUGAAAGUCUUUUCCAUAACUAAGGUGACAAUAUGCAUGCCACAAGUUUCCUGGUUCAUACCAUAGAAAAACUAUUCAAACCAGGAAAAAGUAUCUCGCUUUAAAUAUUGAAACUUUUUUAUGUGUGUGUGUGAUGACCUUUAAAAAGUGUCAUGCAAGAAAAACAAUUGGAUACCUUAUUGUGUGUUUAAAACUAAACAGAGGUUAAAAUGUGGUUUGUAUAGCAAAGUCUACAAAAGUAAAAUGCUCCAAAAAACAUUCCUCUGAAACAAACAGCUCACUACAAAUAUAUCAACCAAUAUAUAAAAAACCUAAGAGUGCAAUAAAAUGAAUUAAGACCAAAACGGACACCUGGACUUGGUUAUUUGUAUAUCAAAAUCUGCACUGAGCAAGGGCAUAAGGGUGGAAUGAGAUUUAAAUGCACUGUGUAGUAAUGCUAUGUAUGCUAAAGCAAGCUGUUCAAAUUUCAUUCCAAUCUAAAUAGUACAGUCGAUUCUUAUAAGCCAGUCAGCACAGCAUAUUAAUACACACACCCAAAUGUGGUCAUAAUGAUUUUAAUGGGAUUCCCUUAGAUGCUAAAUGAUGUUUUAUCAUUCAUUUUAGUAUUAAUUUCACAAACAACUUUAACAGUCCUAGUUAAAUUAUCAAGCCAAAAGAUUUAAUAAUAGUAGUACAAAACAUACCUGUUCAUGAUCAGAAUGCCUGUAAAAAAUGCUGCCCAAGCUGCCUUGAUUCAUAAAACACUGAAGGAUGAUUAAAAACUACAAGGAUGACUUACAACUACUCUACAUAAAUGUAACUCGAUUUGCCAAAGGACAUAAUUAUAUACAUAUACUUAAUGUGUAAACAUUAAACUGAUCAUCAAAAAAUCAGUGGUGCCUAUGAAUUUGAACAAUGACUACGCUUCUAUGCUCAAGAAUCCCCUUGCUGUAUCAGACUUUUACAUCUGAGAUUCAAGGACUACACGUUUAAUGUUUUGUACAACAAUCCUUUCAUAAAUAUAAAAAUAAACACCCUAAUGUAUACAAGUGAUGUGAUUACUCUCUUUUUAAAAUUUAUCGUAAUUUGUUAUUGCUUACAAUAUAUGAUAAUAACAACUGAUAGUUGUGAUAGUAGAGAGGUCUAUAUGUUAACAAUGAGUAAGAUCAGCAAUGGCUUUGUAAUGCAUUACAGGUUCAUUUUACAUGAAAAAGUUAACACUAUACAAGAUUAACAAUAUAAUUUGGUUAAGAAUUAAGUAGACUACAUUAAUAAAUACAAUUCAGUCACUAACCACACUAUAAUUCUUAAAAGUCUACAAGUUGAGCACUUCAAAAGUUCAGGUAAAGCCAUACCAUGUCACUUCUGCCAAAGGCUAACAGGCAUUUUUUAUUUCCAAUGGCCCUAGCCAAGUCAAAUAUGCAAAAAACAUUAAGUAAACCUUUCAUUGGAAACUGAGCCUUGUUCACCGGUUUCCAUUCCAACUUAAUUAAUUGUCACCCAGGCCAUGACAUGUUCAUUUCUUUUCAAAAUAAAAUAUGACAUGUCCUAAUUCCAAGGCCUCUUGCAGUCAACUUCUGCUAUGGAAACUUGAUAUCAAGUUCUUCUUCAGAAUCCCCAUCAAGCAUGCAAUUUUGAUAAGCACUGGUAAGUGAAGGGCCAUGCCAAAAGAAAAAUAAAAAAGGGCAUUGACUCUUUGUAUCUGCUUAUAGAACAGAGGACAUAAUGAGAUAUAUAGUUGAUUUAUCUGCGAUUCUUCUCUACUAUUUACAGAGGUUCAUAUGUUAUAUGAAUUGUCAAGAGGUAUAAAUAGGAACUCACUACAAAAGGGUCUAAGAACAUACAAUGUUUGGCAUUUCAACACAAGACUUCAGUCGGGUAAGUCUCGACAUAAAAUUAAGUACUAAUGGUCAAGUAUAAUACAUGUGUGUGUGUAUAUCUAUAUAUAUGUAUCACAGAUACUAAGAAUCUGUUCAUAUCUGUCCCUCUCAUUCUAUAAAAACUCCUUUGAUGCAGGGUCAUGUCUGCUUACACCAUAGUGCUCCACUACAGUCCUUAUCGCCUUUUCCCCCCAUCAU